UAUGUGGAACGAAAAAGAUUCCCUUCGAAAUAAAUAAACAUGGCUUCCGGUUGAAAUCAUGCCGAAAUUAACAAGUGCAUUUAACAAAAAGUAUAUAUGAGUAAAUCUUCUUUUAUUAGGAAGCUAUUUUAAAUUCAUAAUGAAAUUGAGUACAUCUUUCAAGAUAGCUUCCUUCAUGGCUUGAUACAGUUAACUCUUGAAGCAGAAACUGAUCCAAACGACGAGUGACAAUGACUGGUUGAGUGCUGACGUCUAUUUAAGAAAAAUGGCGACAAAAACCGAUUACGAUCACCUUUCUCCUGAAGGACAUCAGAAUCCACCAAUGCCAUGGUUCGGUAUGGACAUUGGAGGUACUCUUACAAAGCUUGUAUACUUCGAACCAUGUGAUAACGAAACAACAGAUGAAGAAGAACAGGAAACAUUGAAGACAAUUCGCCAUUAUCUCACACGCAAUAUAAACUAUGGUCAGACGGGUAUCAGAGAUGUUCAUCUUGAAAUGCAGAACCAGUCUAUUGGUGGGCGACAGGGUUCUCUCCACUUUAUACGCUUUCCAACGUCUGAGAUGAUGUCAUUCAUAGAGCUUGCUCAAGCAAAGAACUUCCCGAACCUGGCACUGUCUAUAUGUGCCACAGGGGGAGGAGCCUACAAGUUUGAAUCUGAUUUCAAAUCUCAUGUUAAUCUAGAACUCCAUAAAUUUGAUGAGCUGGAUUGUCUUAUCGAGGGAAUCCAUUUCAUUGAUAGAAAUAACAAAUCAUUUGAAUGCUACUAUUGGACAAACCCAAAUGAUUCAAAAUUAGCGAAGAAAGAGCCAUUUGACUUUCGGAACCCAUACCCAUACCUGGUUGUAAAUAUUGGAUCUGGUGUUAGCAUUCUCACGGUGAGGGGACCAAGCGACUAUCAGAGGGUCAGUGGGACAAGUUUAGGUGGUGGAACAUUCCUGGGACUGUGCUGUCUGUUAACGGGCUGUGAUACAUUUGAAGAGGCUAUCAACCUAGCUGCUCAAGGAGAUUCGACCAAUGUUGAUAAGCUGGUACGGGACAUUUACGGCGGUGACUACACCUCGAGCAAGUUUAAACUGCCAGGGGACAUUGUUGCCAGCAGUUUUGGCCAAAUGAACCAUAAGGAUCGCCGUGACCGAGCCUCACCUCAGGACCUUGCACGUGCAACCCUGGCCACAAUCACCAACAACAUCGGCUCCAUCGCACGCAUGUGGGCAGUACGAGAGAAAAUAGAGCGAGUGGUGUUUGUGGGUAAUUUCCUCCGUGUAAACACCAUCUCCAUGAAGCUGUUGGCGUAUGCGAUGGACUUCUGGUCGGACGGUGCUAUGAAAGCUCUGUUUCUAGAACAUGAGGGCUACUUUGGUUCUAUGGGUUGUUUAAUGGAAUACAUGAGGCUCAAUCAACAUGUAAAUGGCAUAAGAUGAACUAAUGGGGAGAACUCUUGGUGAACUUAGGAAAACAAGGGAGACAAUUGAGGCAAAAUGAAGCUGGACCAAUCAAUGGAAAGUGUGAUGAGAAGUGUGGAGGUGAAAUACAAAGUGGUCACAUAUUGUUACUGGGAACAAGUGAUGUGAAUGAUAUACUCAGUACUCAAACUGUAGUGGUACUGUUUCAUUUUUAAGUUUUUUUUAGCUCACCUGAGUACAAAGUGCUCAGUUUGAGCUAAUGUGAUGGGUUGAUUGUCCGUUGUCAUCCACCCGUUCGUCUUCCAUUGUCAGCAUUUUCCCUUAAAACAACUUCUCCUCCUAAACCAAUGUGACAAGUUCAACCAAACUUCACAGGAAUGUUCCAUGUGUUGUUCCAGAUUUCUUCAAUAAAAUUGGUUCCAUGCAUAACUCUUGUUGCCAUGGCCACCGAAAGGAAAACUUUGAAAAUCUUCUGCUCGUAAACUGCUUCCUCGCUUUUAUACAUUAUUUCACAGAAGGUUACCAUGUAUCAAUUUUAGUUUUUUUCAAUUGAUUUAUUGUUGAAAUAAUCAUUGCAGAUAUCAGCUUCAAACUUCAUGAACUUUUUCACAACAACAAUGUGCUUUUUUUGUAACAAGCUAUAUAACCUAACUUAAAUACUGAGCAAUGGCCCUUUGUUACUUUUUAAACAAAUAUAUUUUUCAUCCUUAUAUUUGCCCGUUUAAAAAAGAGAUGUUUUAUAGUUUCACCUGUGGCAUAUAGGUAACGGGAGUUUGUGCAGGUGGCAUCCAGUAUACUGUCCAAUUUAUAACUUUAGAACCAUUUGUCCAAUCAGGGAGUGAUAUAGGGCCAUCAUGGGCCUUUUUUGUGUGUGUUGAUUUAAUGUAUUUUGUUGUUUUUGUUUUGAUUGAGGGAUAUCAAAAUAUCUAUUCAUUAUGUACUCAUACAGUGUAUAAUCUAUAAUUAUGAAGUCAGUAUAUCAUUGAACAGACUUCCAGUUUUUGCUUGUCAAUUUUUUGAAGACAAAAACUGAGGUUUUAUCAUAUGUUGGUGUUCGGGUAUGGUAAUUUAUUCAACCAUCGUAUUAUUUUUUUUAAAAAUCAAAUGACAAUCUUUCCAUUCUUGACAUUGUUAAUGAAAAAAUAAAUGGAUGGAUUGAUUGAUUGUAUUGAUCUUACAUGUUUGUUUAAGAUAUUUCAUGCAUUGUUGUAAUUGUUUUCAUGUUAUUAUGUUUAUUUAUCCAAGAUGUGUUAUUAUGCGAGGUAUUUAAAAUUGUUUUAAUGGUGAUCAUUUUUAUAUGUGUACCUUUUGUAUUUUUUAUAUGACAAAUAAUUCCAAAUGUUUUAAUUUAUUUUUGUAAAUAUUACUGCUGCUAUAUUAUGAUGUUAAAACUGUUGCUGAAAUUAUGUGCUUUUCUUGAAAACUUUUUGAUCUUAAUAUGUAAUGGUGCGAUUUUGGAGAUUUUGAACAUUUCUUUUUAAGAAUAAACUGUUUUAAUAAAAUGGUUAGGAAUUGUUACACAUACAACAGUGUGCAUUCUGGUCAAAAGAGGAGAUACAAAAAUACAGUGACUAGCAAUUACAACAACAGGUUUGUGGACACAUAUUGAAGACAUGACUCAUAUCCACUUACAUCUUGAGCCAUAAGUAUGAAAACUCGAGACUCAAAGCUGAAAAUCUAAAUAUUAUAGUAAAAUUGCUAUAUGGAAAUAAACAAUGAUUAAAAUGGCUAAAUAUGUUAUAGAAUGCAUUACACAUUCUAACAAAAUUAAUUAUUUUCAGAUAUUUGGAACAUUUUUAACUUCAUUUUUUUGAGCCUAGGCCCUGUUUGAAAAAAGGAUUUUCGUCAUGUCUUCAAAAAUCUUAAAGUGACACUCAUAUUUAAAAUCAAUACAUACACAUGUAUAACAAACAUCAAUUUUAACUGAUAAACCUUAAACUACUUACUAAAUAAUGCAUUUAUGGAAAAUAUUAAUUACAGAAAACAAGAUUUGAACCGUGUAUUUUAUAGCAGAAAGCUCUAAAAUGACUUUUGAAUGCUAAAAUAUUUACUGGUCUACUAUAGUCUCCAAAGGUAGAAAUAAUGUGAUUUAUACUCAUUUCUUUCAAAUUAAACUUGGUAUCCUUCAUCAGAACCAUUGUUUAUCGACAUUUAUUCAUCCCUUUUGGAAUAUUUAAACAACAUUAUAAUUGUAGUAAAUCUAAUUUGGGAGUAAGAGUGCAUCUUGAAAUAUGUAGGAACCUCACGGCCGACAUCCGAUUCUUUUUUAAUUUGUGUGUUUUCAACUUAAAUACUACUAUAAUAUGGUUGUACCAAAUCAAAACAAAGAUAACAUUAAUAUAAAAUAAAAAUAUAUAUAUAUAUUAUAAGACUUGGACAUUUAACAAUUUUCUAUGUUAUUUAUCUUUAUGAUAUGGGAGUAUUGAGUAACAAUAGAAGUGUCAAUUGUCAUAAGAAAAUAUAUUUUUGAAAUCUCCAAUAUUGCAACUUUUAAGUGACUCCCUCAUGUUGGGGACCAAUUUUUUUCAAAACAAGUUCUGAAAGGUUAUUGUAAUGACUAUUUGAAGAAUAAGGAGAGCUAUACUACUCACCCAUCGGUGUGCGUGUCACACCUUGGUUAAGCUUUUGCUUGUAAGCACUUUUAAGUCAUAAUCUCAGCAUUUAUUGUAUUGAAACUUUAAGAAUGUUUUCCAAACUUUCUAUCUUACUUAUUUUAUAAAGUUUGAUAGCACUUUUUUGAAUAUAAUGCAAAUAAUUGCCGUUUAUAAUUCAACUUUUUAACCCUUGUUAAGGUUUUAUAUCUCAGCAACUUCUUGAGGCAUUGCAUUGAGACUAUACAAUGGUACUCAUUCUUCUCAAACAACCAUCAUACUGAAAAAAACUGUUUUUUGCAUGUAAUACAAAAAAUGAACCUUAUCAUUCUACUUAGACAUUCUGGUUAUGGUUUUGCUUGUAAGCAGAUUUUAGUCAAUAACUCGGCAACUACUGGAUGCUAUGCAUUGAAACUUUAUACAUUCAAGUAUGAUAACUUUAUAUCUUCCUUAUAAUGUAUUUUUUUCCCCUUUAUUAUAUGACUUUGAAAUUCUGGUUAAGGAUUUGCAUGUUAUCAAAUUUAACAGUGAUUCAUGCACAUCAAAAUUUUGAAAUCCUUAAAUCUAAAAAGGUUGAAUAGUCAAGCACGUGACAGCUCUUAUUAUUAUUAUGAAUAAACAAGGCAUUAACUGACGAAUUGUUGUUUGAAUUUAAGCCUAAAAUCACUCAUUCUGAUUUGAAUUACGGUAUAUCCAUAUAUACAAACAGUAUGUAGUGAAUCAUCUUUCAAUAAAUAAUUUCAUACAGCCA